AUGGCUCAAAGAAUCACCUUCAGAAAGAGAAAUCCAUACAACACUCGUUCCAACCAAGUCAAGGUUGUUAAGACCCCAGGUGGUAUCUUGAAGGCUCAACACGUCAAGAAGACCGGUACCAUCCCAAAGUGUGGUGACACUGGUGUUCCAUUGAAGGGUAUCUCUGCUCUCAGACCAAGACAAUAUGCUAACGUUUCCAAGACUCACAAGACCGUUUCCAGAGCUUACGGUGGUUCCAGAUCCGCUAACGCUGUCAAGGAAAGAAUUGUCAGAGCUUUCUUGAUUGAAGAACAAAAGAUUGUUAAGAGAGUUAUCAAGGAACAAUCUGCUAAGGAAGCCGCUGCUGAAGCCAAGAAGAGCAAGAAAGCUAAGAAGGCUAAGAAAUAA